AUGCCCUGGAACAUCAAAUGGCUGAGCAGCUACAGCAGCCACAGCUCCCAGUCCCAGAAGCAAUGCAAGAAGUCCUCCUUUGCCUUCUACCAAGCGGUGAGGGACCAGCUGCCCGUGUGGCUGUUGGAGGACAUGAGGCGCAUGGAGGCCUUCCACUGGCAGGAAGGGGGCAAAGUCAGCACCUACUCCCCUUCCGAGGCCCUCCUCUACGCCCUGGUGCAUAACCACCAGCCUUACGCCCGCUACCUGCUGAGCAACUUCCCUCAGAGUGCCCUGGCUAUCCCCAGCCUUCACUUCAGCUGCUGCCAUUCCUCCGCUCCUCACUUGGCCAUGGCUGUGCGCUACAACCGUGUCCACAUCCUUCUGGAGAUCCUGAAGGCCAUCAGAGACUUCCCGGCGAGCGACCGGGCCAGCUAUUUGGACCGCAGAGGGUGCAGCCGAGUGGAAGGAGGCAAGACCGCCCUCCAUGUGGCUUGCGAGCUGGUGAGGCCUGAGUGUUUGCUCCUGCUGCUGGGCCACGGGGCCUCACCCUGCCUUGUUGACUGCACGGGGAACACGCCCUUGGACCUCCUCCUGCAGCAGAUCUGGGAGAGCCCGGCCUCGAACCUGCGCACCAAGCUGCUUCUCCUGGACUCCCUGUUCCUCUUUGUGCCUCAGGGCUCCCACUGUGCCAUGAAGGAGCAGCUGCUGCAGGACUCUGAGCAAUGGCAGGACCUGCUGGGGAAGCCCAGGUUCCAGUGGCUGGCGGGCUUAGCGCCUCCCUCCCUCUUUGUGAGUUCCAUGCAAGUCUUAAUCGGGACCAUUACGCCAGAUCAGUUCCCAGAGGCGCUGGACGACCUGCCUUUGCCACACUUCCUGAAGCCCUUGGACCUGAAACUGAAGAGUUAA